AUGGUAGAUUGGCAGCUUCGACUGACACCGAAACAAGCAGUUGCGAAGAUUAUUGUUGCUAUUGUUGGUCUAGCAAUUGGAGCAUAUGGUGUGGCUACCAUCUAUAAACCACUUCAGGACGAACUGGAUUUGCGCAAGAGUGAACUCUUACGAUACUAUAAAACGAAACAUGACGAACGUAUCCGACAAACUUUUUACAAACGGCGUGAUGCAGCACCCAACUUUUCCGAAGUUCUUAAUUUGCGGUGUUCUUUAUCUACUCAUGGAAUAAUUUGCUCAAAAUUUGAACCAAUUGUGGCACCAUCAGAUGUAAUGUUGGAAAAGCUCGGACUUCGUUCAGUAUCUGAAUGGACUGCUUCAACUUUUACUCAUCGUCCAGGCAUGGUAAUGUUGAAUAAUAUUUUUAAACCCAUCAGUCAUCUUCAAUGGAUAAAACGGUCAUUGUUCGUUUAUGCUGAACCGCCUGCUUUUACCAAUGUUGGCCUACGAGUUCCCAAUGUUCGGAAUGUAUUCAAAGAAUAUGGGAAACAAUUGCGAUGGUCUACUCUUGGUCUCCACUAUGAUUGGGCAACGAAGAUUUAUCCUUCUGAGGGUGAGGCACUUCCUGAAGAGCUGGUUUCGUUAUCGAAUAUUCUCUCCAAAGCACUUGGCGUAGGUCCGAUGUAUGCUGACGCUGCCAUCAUAAACUUCUACUCAAGUAAAUCAACAUUGGCGCCACAUAUUGACAGAUCGGAACGACAGCUGUCUUCACCACUUAUUUCGCUAAGUUUCGGUCAGACUGCAGUUUAUCUGGCUGGUGGUACUGAUUUAAAUGAUCCUAUUGAUGCAUUUUACAUACGGUCGGGUGAUGUCCUGGUCGUUUAUGGGCCACAACGGCUCAUAUACCAUGCAGUCCCACGAAUUCUACAAGAUGAAAAAUUCGCGGAUAAAAAUCAGCCCGAAGAGAUAGUGAAAUAUGCAAAUGCGAAUCGCAUCAAUAUUACACUUAGACAGAUCAUCAUUUACUGGAUGUUGAUCAGUCUGUGGUUAUCACACAAUGGAGCUACUCUAGAUCAUCUUGGGAAGAGAGUUCUGGAGGUUGGGAAUUCAUCGGUGAUCGUUCUCCUUGGGGUUCGUUCGUGGGGUGAGCAAUAUGGCUGCAACGAAGUGGGCCGAUCUCGGCGCGACAGUCCUGGCAAAAUUGCGCGCCGGUCCACUGGCGGCAAUUUCCAAUGCAAUGUUGUGGUUGUCAGUGAGGGCGGGCGGUUGGGUUGGGGGGCUUGGUGA